AGAGAGAGAGAGCAUGCUGAUCAUGAGCUAAUAUUUUUACUCAUUUCGAGCUGUGCGUGCGUUGCUUGACCACCUUAACAAAGACGAGACCACCUCUCUCGCGCACACGCGCACUCACACGGAGACGAACGCACGCACGCUACCUCGCUCGCACGCGCGCGUGCACACUAAUAAUGCAGGCAGAGGCAUUCCCUCCUCGACAUUGAGGAAACGCACGCACGCUCGCUCGCGCGCGCGCAGGCUCGCUCCUCAUACCCUUGACAGGCGGGCAGGCACACACACACGCGCGCCCGCGCGCGCAUUCGCACACGCACGCUCUCGCGCUCUCUUCUCUCUCGCGCGCGCGCUCGCUCGCACACUCACACUCGCUGAGGCGCGGGCGGUGCUGAGGAGAGGCGAGAAGAGCUACAGCUAGAGAAACAGAGAGAGAGGGAGAGAGAUAGAGAGAGAGAGGGACAAAGGGAAGAAGAGAAGAUAAUAAAAGAAGGACGUGCUAAAGAAGAAGAGGAGUAAAAGGAAAUAAAGGAGGAAAAGAGAGAGGAGGAAGUGAACGCGCCGGUUGGAAGAAGAAGAAGAGAGAGGAGGAGAGACAGAGCGGAAAAGAGGAGAGAGAGAGAGGGCUACAGGAGGGAGGUGGAGAGAAAAGAGGUGGAUCAGGAAGCAGGAGGCCGGUGGCUCUCUCUCGUUGGCGGCGGCAGCGGCGCGCGGACACGGCAUUAUGGGAAAUGCACCAUCCCAAGAACCUGAUGGCAGCAGACGAUCUCAAAAAAGUUGGGACAGGGCAAUGGAAGGCGGUAAAACUAACGCUGGGGCCUGCUUUCCGAAGCAAGACCCCGAGCGUGGCGGGGGCCACAUCAUGUCCACUGAUGACCUGGAGUACCCCCGCGAGUACCGGACGCUGGGGAACGGACGGCGCUUCUCUAACGUGGGUCUGGUUCACACAUCGGAACACCGGCACACGGUCAUCGCCGCCCAGAGCCUGGAGGCCCUCAGCAACCUGCACAAAGCCGACAUGGAGCGCAAACGAGACGCCUUCAUGGAGCACCUGAAGAACAAAUACACACCACAGCACUCUCUACCACCUUCACCAUCCCCCUCACACGGCAGCAUGAGGGGGGCGUCCGAGAGGAGCGCAAGGGAGCAGCAACAGCCAAACUACUGGAGUUUUAAGAGUCGUAGUCCACGUCACUCUCAGUCCACUCAGUCUGGUCUGGCCGACCAGGCAUCCAAACUGUCCUUCGCCUCGGCCGAGUCUCUGGAGACGAUGUCCGAGGCCGACAUGCCGCUCGGCUUCAACCGCAUGAACCGCUUCCGCCAGAGCCUGCCCCUGUCCCGCUCAGCCAGCCAGAACAAGCUGCGCUCUCCCGGCGUUCUCUUCUUGCAGUUUGGUGAUGAGACUCGGCGUGUGCACAUCACUCAUGAGCUCAGCAGCCUGGAGACUCUGCACGCUCUCAUCGUCCACAUGUUCCCCCAGAAGCUGACAGCCAGCAUGCUGAAGUCGCCCAACACGGCAAUCCUGAUCAAAGACGAGGCGCGCAACGUCUUCUACGAGCUGGAGGACGUGAGGGACAUCCAGGACCGGAGCAUCAUCAAGAUUUACCGCAAGGAACCUGUCUACGGGACCUACACUGCUGCAGCCCACCUGGCCAAUGGAGACCUGAGGAGAGAGAUGGUGUACACAUCCCGCGAGUCCUCGCCCACUCGCCGCCUGAACACCCUUCCCUCCUCCACCUCGUCCCCGUCCGGUUCUUCACCCUCGCGCUCUCGCCUGUCUUACGGCGGCGGGGGUCGACCUCCCUCGUUUGGAGGUCCAGGCCACCCUCACCAGUCAGGGGGCUCCCAGCAUGGGCAUCACCCGUCCCCCUCCCACGGGCAAGGGCCUGGGGGGCUGACUGCCUCCCCUUCCGCCAUCCUGGAGCGUCGGGACGUAAAGCCUGAAGAAGAAGUGGCCGGCAAGAACAUGGUGCUCCUGAAGAACGAGGGUCUUUAUGCUGACCCCUACAAUAUGGUUCACGAGGGGCGUCUUAGCAUAGCCUCCACACAGUCUCUGGCCACCAUCGCUGACCCUUUCAGCUUCCCUGUGUCUGGGGGUCUUUACCGGCGGGGAUCCAUGAGGUCGCUCAGCACGUAUUCGGCCGCAGCACUGCAGGGAGACUUGGAGGACCAGCUCUAUAAGCCGGGAGGGAGCAUGUACUCGGAUGCCUAUGGCCCCGGCUCCACGCUGACUAUGGGCUUCCGGCUACCUCCGUCUUCCCCUCAGAAAAUCCCGGAUGUUCAGCUGAGGGACAGGGACUCGUACUCGGGGCCGCCCAGUCGCGGCUCGCCCGUCAGGCAGAGCUUCCGAAAGGAUUCAGCCUCUUCUUCUGUGUUUGUGGAGAGCCCCAAGUCCAGGCCUGGUUCCAGCUCGGAGCCGCUGGCAGAGGUGGGGAGAAAUACGUCUGGAUUUGGCUCACCACUGGCUGGAAACGAGACGGACACGCGUAGGGAUCGUAUGGAGGCUAUGGAGAAGCAGAUAGCCAGUCUCACCGGUCUGGUCCAGAGCGUACUCACCAGAGCACCGGACAGCGACAGCACAUGCGGCCUGCUGCGUCUCUGCAUGAUGGCUGGCUGCCCUCCGGACCAGGGGGCGGACUUCUCACGGCCCUUCCCUUUCUCUUCCAGCGAGAAGACGGAAUCCACCAGCGACGGCUCCGCCACAGGAACCGGCCGCCUGAUGAGGAAAGCUCUGACCCCGUCCGCCCCACUGGCCCUGAUGCCGCCCCCCGCCGCGACCCCGCAGGGCUCCACCGUGUCUAGACUGCAGAUGCAGCUCCACCUGCAUGAGCUCAGACAGAACGCCACCGACCUGCGCAAACAACUCGACCAGCUACGAAAGAUGCAGUUGCAGAACCAGGACUCGGUGCGCACCCUGAUGAAGCGGACGGAGGCGGAGCUUAGUGUAAGGGUGUCUGAUGCUCUGAGGAAGCAGGAGGAUCCACUCCAGCGACAGCGCCUCCUAGUGGAGGAGGAGAGGCUCAAAUAUCUCAAUGAGGAGGAACUUAUCAUACAGCAGCUACAUGAUCUGGAGAAGUCUGUAGAUGAGAUCCACAAGGAGAGCUCUGUGAAUCACAGGCACGUCUCGGUGCAGGAGCUGGAGGAGAAAGCUACAGUGCUGAGGAGACUGGGCGAGACACUAACCGAGCUAAAGAAUCAGUUCCCGGGGCUGCAGAGUAAGAUGCGUGUGGUGUUGAGGGUGGAGGUGGAGGCAGUGAAGUUUCUGAAGGAGGAGCCUCACCGACUGGACGCUCUGCUUAAACGCUGCAAAACCAUCACUGACACUCUCACUACACUCAAGAGACAAGUGAACGAGGGGAUCUGGAAGAAUCAGGACGAUUUCUCCAACCCCUCCUCCAAACACACCGGAUUAGAAGACUUCAAGAAAGGCUCGGACUUCGAGAUUCCCACGAGCCCUCCGCUCAACCUCAACGAGUCCAGCCUGGCCAACUGGAGCCCUCACGGCCACACCCACUCCCACAGCCACUCCCACAGCCACUCCCACAGCAACCCCUCCUCAGGGCAGCGGGAGAGGGAUUCUCAUGGGAUGGGGUCUCUGAAGGGGCGGGUUCUGGAGGAACUUGGAGGACGAGGAGGAACAGAUAAGGCUUCUUCUGUGGAGGUCCGACUGGCUGCUGAAAGGGACUGGGAGGAGAAGCGUGCCAGUCUGACGCAGUACAGCGCUCAGGACAUCAACCGGCUGCUGGAGGAGACCCAGGCUGAGCUCAUGAAGGCCAUUCCAGACCUGGACUUCGCUGCCAAGCAGAUCAAACCAGUGCAAAACCAGAAUCAGAACCAGAUCCAGAACCAGAGCGAAACCAACUCUAGCACCAGUGCCACACCCGAGCACAAACCCAGCAAAGCCCAGCAUACCGCACACAAGCUGAGUAAGGAGGGGUCCAGACGAGGGUCCGACGAGCUCACAGUCGCACGGUAUCGGACGGAGAAACCCUCCAAAUCCCCGCCUCCCCCACCACCACGAAGGAGCUUUCCUUCCUCACCAGGCCUCACCACACGCAGCGGAGAGAUGAUCGUCCCCGGCAAGAGCAUGAAGAAAUCAGAAUCUGACGAGACAGAGGUGCAGAAGCCCCAUAUAAAGUUGAGGAGGAGUGUGUCCGAAGCCCCCCGACCUGCCUCCACCCCACCCACAGUGGCAGGUGGUGAGAGAGAAGAUGGAGAGGAGGAUAAAGUGGCAGCAGAACUGGAGCAGUUCACAUUGUCUCAGGGGAGAUUAGAGGACCGGAUCAGCAAAACAAAAGUGAACACACAGGCUCAGCACAGCCCGUCCUCUUCUCCAGUCCCGCGGAUCAUCUUGACUGAAUGUCUUUCACUCCCUACAUCUCCAACCGAGAGCUCAGAGCCAAGCGGCUUCUCUAACACGGAAAAGCUCUCCAGCAAACCACAGAGGGAGAAGAACACAGCAAAUGACAUUAAUCUUAGUUAUUUUAGCCAUAUUGUCAAGACUCCCAGUCUGUCGCUAUGGAAACAGGACUUGGCAACCGGUCAUAAAAAGCCGUCUGGGACGCAGGACUUAGACUGGAAGCAGAAGGAGCUCCAGGCAGGGGCAAGGACUUCUCCAGCUGGUACACCGUCACCUGCAGCCGAGUCGGUCAAACGGUCACGGAACUUCGAGCUGAGGAUCCAGGAGUCGUUCGAGAAAGAAGACGCAAAAGAGACAGACGAGAGAGAAGAAGAUCAAAGGUCAGGGAUGCUCUCACCUAGAGGAACACUGCCAGAGAAAAACCAGCCCUCAGACGUGCUCAGAAGCGUGACCCGGACCCAAGGGGUCGGCCAGGAGGCCGGUAAAGAGGACAUAAAGCACAGCACCUACCGGCGUCUGGACAGUCUGGAGGAGACCAUCCGCGAGCUGGAGCUCAGUCUGAUGGAGUUCAGCACUCAUCCCAACAUGAACCACCUCUACACAUCCUCCUCUACUGCUGCCUCUAGCACACUUCAGACAUCCAGCAGCACCACCUCUACAUCUGAAUCCACCUCCAAGAGCACAGCAGAGUCCCAGAGACCCCCCGUCCCACCCAAACCCUCCAUCUGCACUCAGUUAACCAAGUCUGGCAGUGGGAGGGCGAUAUCUCGCCUAAAGCACCUUCAGCAGAGCGGAUCUGAGAAGAGCAAACUGAGCAAACAGAGAGAUGACUUCAUCAAGAGCCAGGGACAGCAGCAGCAGUGAGAAGAGCGACCGCAUCACCUGAUCUGACCCAGGCUCGCACGACCAACUCUCUUUCUUUCUCUCCUUUCUCAUCUGCACUUCUUCACCUCGACUUCAGAGUCGUCUCUCACUGAAGCCAACCAUAUCAGGCCUUGUCUACAACCCAACCCCUCAACACUGACCCCCUCUGUACCCCCUCCACCACCAGCAGGCCCACCAGUUGUCCAUAUCUGUAAAAGUGUGUGUGGUUGAUUGUCUGUGGAAGAACAACAUCACAAGCCAGGCCUGUGAUAACAUAAGAACUGUCCACUCUCCUCACUCUGUCCUGUUGUAGCCUCUGCCCAUUAGGUUGUGGGUGAAU